AUGACUUCGCCCUUUGGAGGGUUUUUCACACAAAAAAACGGUAAUACUAUAAGUAAUAAUAUUCAACCUUCAUUUACAUUUAACAACAACACGGCGUUCACCAACAAUCAACCUACGUUUUCCAAUGGAGUUCUACCGAGUGGCAAUUUGAAUCAGCCGAAGCCAAGCGAGAAUAAAAACUUUUCACCAGCAAAACGAGGUCCAUUCAAGAAUCAAUCUAAAAGAUUUGGUAAAUCAAUUGAACCCAUCGAUCAUGAGAUGAAAAGUCUGUCAUCCACACCAACACCACCUAAUUCGAAUAACAGCAAUGGAAAUCAAUCUCAAGAAACCCAAACACAAAUAUUCAAUCCAAAAGAUGUAGAGAUGACAGGUCCAUUAUUUUCUAGUCCCCUGGCAUUUGGAUUUCAAAAGCAAAAUAAAACCAUACAACCAAGACCAAUUCCAAAAUACUUUCUAACACAACCAAAAUACUUGGUGACUCAAUCGUUUGUUCAGAAUGAAUGGGAUAAACAAAAUCAAAUAAAAAUGGAAGACAUGGAAUCAAAGUAUCAAGGUAAAGAUUAUCAAGGACUAUAUGAAGAGUUACAAAAACUAAGAGAAGUAGAGAGAAAGGAGAUGGAAAAUUUGGGAUUAGUUGAUGCCGAGAAUACUGCAAAAAACUUAAAUGAAGCAAUAGCUUUUCAAGGAUCGUGUCUAGAUAUGUGUCCGGUAUUUGAAAGAGUACGAAGACAACUUGAAAACAAUGUCAAGAAUCUUGAAAAAGACCCUCAAACUAAUAGGAUAUCAAAGGAAAGAGCUGUGAAGGCAUUUUCAAGACCAGCUGCUGGCCAGCCACCUCCAUUACCAUCAGAAGUACGACCACCUCAUGUUUUAAAACAGACUUUGGAUUAUUUAGUUGACUCGAUUGUUGAUAAAUUACCAGAAGCACAUUCAUUUAUAUGGGAUAGAACAAGAUCAAUAAGGCAGGAUUUCACGUAUCAAAAUAGUUUUGGACCAGAAGCUGUUGAUUGUAAUGAGAGGAUAGUUAGAAUACAUUUAUUGUCGCUUCAUAUAAUGGCAGGAAGUGAUAUUGAAUAUUCUCAACAACAAGAAUUAGAACAAUUCAAUAAGGCAUUGCAAACAUUAAUGGAAAUAUACCAAGAUGUAAGAGAUAAUGGAGGCAUAGCGCCUAAUGAAGCUGAAUUUAGAGCGUAUUAUUUGUUAAGUCACUUUCGAGAUCCCGACUUAGAAAGACAAAUCCAGAACUUAUCGACUGAUAUUUUUAAUGACUCAAAGGUGCAACUAGCGUUGAAACUAAGAAAUAUUAUAUCACAAAAUAACAUUCAGGAAAGAAGUGUGAACAAUUUGAUAGGUGCAUUGGAUUUAUAUGUGGAGUUUUUCAAAAUUGUGUACAGCGAAGAGACUCCGUUGUUGAUGGCAUGCUUAUUAGAGACUCAAUUUAGUGAAAUAAGAUUUUAUGCUUUGAAAGCUAUUUCAAGAGCAUUCCAUACAAAAGGUAAGCUAUAUUCAAUACAAAAUUUGCAAAAUGUUCUUGGAUUUGACUCAGAUGAAAAACUCAUUAGGUUUUUGAAUUAUUAUGAGAUCGAUAUUAUCCAAUCAAAUGGGGAAAUGUUGGUUGAUUUGUUCAAUAAAAAUAAAUUGCAAUCUCAGUAUAAGUUGAAUUCAUUUACUGAAAAACCAAGACCGUCACCAACUUAUUCUUCUCAAUUGGAUUCAAAAAUUAAAGGGAAAAGUUUAAAACAAUUUAUUGAUAGUGGAGUACCAAAUAAUGGUUUCAAUUUAAAAACUGAUCAAACUAUUCUAGCGUCGAAUACAAAAUUAAUAGAUAUACCUAGAGUUCAGCCAACAAUAUCGACGACAAAGCCCAAUGCAUUUUUCAACAAUAUUGAUUCAAAGUCUUCUGAAAUCAAAAUACCAAAUUUUCAACCACCUCAAUUAAAUCACAAACCUCAACAAACAGCACCAGUUUUUAAACAAGAUAUUAAACCCUUUGAACCCCAACCGCAGAUUCAGCAACAGCAAAGUUCGCUUUUUUCGUUUCCAAAAAUGCAACAAAAUUUACUUAAUGGAUCCAGUACUAGUGCGGUCUCAAAUAAACCACCAGCAACCCAAUCACCCUUCUCCUUCGGAUCAAGUAAUACCUCAUUUACCGCAACUCAAGAAAAAGCAUCUGACAAAAAAUCCAUUCUUCCUCAAACCAAACCAAAAAUUGAUUUUUCAUUUAAUAAACCCACGUCGAAUGAGUCUUCAAAUUUUUUAGCACCUAAGAAAGUGACUUUUGAUUCAACCCCAGAAAUUAGAACCAUUCCUUCUAGAAACGAAAUACUCAGAUCCGAAGCUUCAUCAGAUUUUCAAAUACAACAAGAAGUCGAUGCAGUACCAAAACAAAGGACAUUGAAGGAUAACAUGAAAUUUUCCUCAGCUGUAAGAGACAUUGUCAACGAUUUGUUCAAUGACGUUAUUGAUAUUGAACUACGUCAAUAUUUGCCCCAAUUACUUCAUGAUCAUAAUUUGAAAGUUAAAAGACGUAACGUUAUAAAAUCAUUAACUAUGGAUUUAUUUUCUGCAUUCAUUGCUGAGAUCAGUUACGAAUUCAUGAUAGAGGUCAAAGCAAUUUAUAGGUACGACAUGUUGGUUAAAAAGAAGUCAAUACGUAAAUUAACGAAGAAGGCAAGGGAGUGCAAAGAAAAUUACGAAAUCAAAAAAAUUAAGAGAAAUGAAUUAAAUUCUGUUUCAUUCUCACAGCAGUCAUUGAAACGAAUGAGUAGUAGGGAUGAAGCAAAUGAAAGUUUUAAAAGGAAAAAACAAAGGGGAAUUACUCAAGAUUUAAAUAUUGCCAAAAAACAAAAAGAGAUACAGAAAUUUUGGGAACCCUUAGAUUUACAAAACUUUAUUGACAUUUGUGCGUCAAAAUUAGAGUUGAAGAUAGAAGAAUUAAAUUUGAAUCUAAAAUGGUUAUUAGUUGUUGAAAAUUGGGAAACAGAUUAUUCAAGAUGGCUCAAAUCAAAAUUUAAUAUUAAAGCUAAUAUGAAUUUAAUGGUUUAUGAAAACCAUAUUGGAAAUAGUAAAAUUGAUCUAAAUAUAACAAGCUUACCACCGAAUGACAAAUUAAAUAAACAAUUUUUCAGUAAUUGUUCGUUUGUCUUAUUGGAAUGUGGAUUAUGCUCAAAGACCAACAGCACUGACAUAUCUCAGAAAUUGUCAACAGACGCCAAAAUUUUGAGGAAGAUUUUAUCGAUGAUUGAAAAAUAUUCGCUAUAUGAAACUCACAUCAUGAUUUUAUUUUGGGAUGUGAAUCAAUCGGGACUAUCAAAUAGUGAAAUCACAAAAGCAUUACAUUUAGAUCAAUAUAGGUCAAUUAAAAGCUUGAAAAAUUUGAUUCUAUGUGAUAUGACCGUGAGUCAGGAUGAUCUAAAUUUCGUCCUCACGGAAGCUGUUAAUAAAAUCUCAUCUGAUUUUGAUGGAAGUCUUUCCGAUCGAGGUAAAAGGCAUCAAUUGAAAAUAAUGAAAAGAAAAAAGCUAGAAGAACAAAACAAUCUUCGUAUCAAGAAACAAGAAGAAACGAACUCCUCAAAUAAAGUAAGUCAAUUAGAAAACAAGAUGAUGAAUCAAGCUAAAGUUUUGAAGAAAUACAGCUAUCUUAACUCAGAGUAUAAUAAACCAAUCAGUCCAUCUAGACCCAUAAUUAAUUCAUCUCAUAUGAAUUCAAAUUCACUCGCAAAUAAGUCCUUAGCCAAAAUUAUUGCAACAAGAAAAGCUUCGAGAUCAAACUUCACUCUUGCAGGAUCAACUAAUUCAACUUUUUUCAAUUCUACAGCAUCAUCAUCAGUUAUAUCGAAUGGUUCAUUAUUUAAUGGACUUGGUAAAGGAGUGAUUGAAGAAAGCACUCCUAUAAAUUCACCGAAAAGAACAUUAUCAAAUGUGUCAAUAUCCAACUCAUCUUUUUCAUCAGAUUUAAGAUCACAGGACUCUCCAAAAUUAUCAAAUGAAGAUAAACUUAAAAAGUUAAGGAAUCUUGCAGCUGGUGUUAAAACGAAAUACUUACGAUCCAACUUGUCAGAUAAAAACUAA